AUGAUUGCAAAGAAAUUCCAUGAGAAACGAAGUGCAGACGAGUUGCCACCCCGACGCAAGCGCUCCAUUCGACAACCUCCAACAGUUCAUCUUCAAAAAUCACACAAGAACCCGUAUCUGCAGGGCGAAAUUCUGAAGACGGUAUCGAAGAAGGAUGGCAGAAACGUAUGGUAG